CCCGAGUGUGAUCCCCUUUGAUCGUAUUUACUUUAUUCCUUUUCAUAAUUGCUCUACCGGCAUUUUCACUCGCUUUUUCCGCAUUGUUAUCCUUCUACUUUCUCGCUCUGCCAAUUCAUCUACUAUCUCUACUGGUGUCUCCUAUCCAGUGACCUGCUUGCUACAAUGUGUUUCAAGGCAUGGUCACUCUGCGAGACCUGACUUGGCCUCAUUUCGUUGAUAUCGAUCGAUCGAAGACGUCUUCGUUGCUAUCAGCGCACUCCAGUUCAAGUUCCCAACCGGAUCAAAUUCUGCAUACCAGCUCCAGAUCUCCGGAACUUCAAAAUUCAACCAGUCCAGUUCGGUGCGUCUCCAUCGUGAGACGGCGAGCAAUACCGGCCCUCGCGCCUUCUUGCGCUCGGUUCGAGACGUGUGGUCAUAAUUCUCUUUGGUCUAUCGAGAAGCCCGACGAUAUGUCUGGAUGCAUUACAAGGGCUGAAGAGGAAGCUCUAUACGGCCCUUACGCUCGGCUACCUACACCACCCGACGGUUCAGGAGAAGACAUCGGUCUAGAUAUCAAUCCUCACCUCCCUCCAGAACCCCUCAGUAUCGACUGUUCAGUGUGUAGCCCGGAUCAGGAGAGAUACGACGAUCUCCCACCUCUUCCAGAUUCUCCUUUGGCCAUAGCUAAGUUUGGUUUCAUCAGUCGAGAAUCAUUCGAUACCAGUGUUCGAGGGCUCGUACAAGAAGAGCCCGACUCGCCCAUUGGAGGUUACCCAGCUGCACCGUUGAAGAACAGAUUCGCCAUUGGCAAUAUUGGCACUACUGCUAUGCUCAGACGGAUGGCUGCCAAUCUCGAUGGGGCAAGAAGCUCAAAUAUACAACCGGUAGGACUCGAUGCGACGACUAGAGAAUGGAGUUGUCACGAUAAAACCCUGGACAGAUAUCGACUAGGGCGGACCAGAUUCUCGGAUCCUUUUGCGAACGCUCUGACGAAAGACAAGCAAGUUCGACGAGGAACAGACCCUCUUGAUUCGGGCGCCGAUGAUAGUGGAUAUACUACGGUUAUGGUGACGGCUUUUGAGACUCCAGUUCGAGGCGAAAAUACAGAUAUGUCACACGACGGAGCGCGAGCUUCGGCUACGGAGACUAACCAAGAGAAUAAUGGGCGCCAGCCACGCCUUCCUGACUGCUGUAUCAGUCCCACCGAGACCGAAUACACUGGAAGCAUCGAAAUGUACAAUACCAAAGGUUUUGCCGGAGAUAACGUUAAAUCUUACGUCUCACAGAUGCCUUUCAGUACAUCCCGACCUGGCAAUGUUCCCGUCAGAGGAAUCGGAACUGGUGGCAUUGACAGAACCGAUUUCGCAAUACCUGGCGGGGUCCAUGCUCCAACCCUGGAUCCAGGACUGCCAAACUCCGACAUAAUACCACCAGAAUUCCCUUCAGUAGGCAUAGCUGGCACUGUUCCUGUUGUUACUGGACUGCCUGUGGAUGCAAGUGGAGAGCUGCCUACCCCAGGCACACCUAAAAGAGUAGGGAAGAGAAGAAGGGCAGCAAACAAAGGGAAGCGUGGCAUACGAAAAUGUCGACGGCUCAUCUUGAGAAGACCCAUUUUGGUCCUUAUUGUAGGACGACAGCUAGCAGGACCGACUUCAGAAGCCUUGAAAUUGAUCUCAAGUGGGGUGCCGAUUGAGCCUGAUGUUCAUGGUCUCACAGAGGCAGCAGGAGUUCCGGCACCACCACCUCCUCCUCCUGUGCCCGCCCCGAUGUGA